ACAAGAUGGCGGAUUUCAAAGUCCGGCGCUCGCCGAUGACGAUACUAUAGAGCCUGGCGGCGGGACUACUGAAAGAGAACGUUGUGGCGGGAUCUGGUCGUCAACAUGUUUACGGAUUUAGCUGUGUCAGAGGGGCCUGGGCUUUUGACGCCACCAUCGGAAGUUUCUUCUACUUUCAACCGUGUAUCUAACAACCACUACUGCAACCAGUCUAAGCUGUUCCAACUUGGUGAGCGAAGUUUCACUCGCCAGUAUGCCCAUAUUUAUGCCACUCGACUGAUGCAGAUGAGGCCUCUCCUCGUAGAACGAGCAAAGCAGCGAUGGGGUGAUGACAUUACUGUACGCAAGCUCUGUGAGCUACAAGGUGCAGAGAAGUGUUGCGUGGUGGGAACACUGUUCAAGUCCAUGGAGCUUCAACCUUCAAUCCUUAGGGAGAUCAGCGAAGAGCACAAUCUCCUGCCCCAGCCUCCGAGGCAGAAAUAUAUCAGCGAGACGGAUGAACUUAUACUGGAGGAUGAGCUGCAGAGGAUCAAGUUAGAGGGGACCAUCGACACACAGAAGUUUGUAACAGGUACAGUUCUUGCAGUUCUAGGGACAGAAGGAGAUGCAGGAAACUUUAUUGUGGAAGAUUUUUGCUUGGCCUCCCUCCCUGCACAGACUCCGCUGCCAGAUGUGGAUGACGACAGGUAUGUGUUGCUCACUGCUGGUCUUGGUCUGGGUGGUGGUAGCGGUGACAGUCUAAUGGGUCUGCAGCUUCUUCUGGACUUGGUAACUGGCCAAGCUGGAGCAGAGCAAGAACAGGGUUGUGCAGCUCGGAUAUCUAGGGUCAUACUGGCUGGGAAUCUGCUGAGUGAGAACACACAGAGCAAGGACUAUUUGAAUAAGGCCAAAUAUCUUAGCAAGAAGACCCAGGUAGCAAGUGUGGAAGCUGUGAAGAUGCUGGAUGAGAUACUUCUUCAGUUGAGUGGCUCUGUUUCUGUGGAUGUAAUGCCUGGCCCUUUCGACCCCACAAACUACGUCCUUCCACAGCAGCCUCUUCACCGCUGCAUGUUCCCACAGUCUGCUCCUUACGGCACCCUUCAGCUGGUAACAAACCCAUAUGAAGCCGAAAUAGAUGGCGUCAGGUUCCUGGGAACUUCAGGUCAAAACAUAAGUGAUAUUUCUAAGUACAGCAGCAUGAAAGAUUACUUGGAGAUAUUAGAAUGGACUCUACAGGUGGGGCACAUAUGUCCUACUGCCCCAGAUACUCUAGGCUGUUAUCCUUUCCACAACUUUGAUCCCUUCAUCCUGCAUACCUGUCCACAUGUGUAUUUUUGUGGCAGUGCCCCCGGCUUCAGCUGCAAAGAAGUUACAGGUCCAGAAGGCCAGCGUGUACUUCUUCUUACAGUUCCAGACUUCAGCAGCACUCAAACAGCCUGCCUGGUGAACCUGCGAACCCUGCAGUGCCAACCAAUCAGCUUCUCUGGAUUCAGCGCAGAUGAUGAAUCAAGUGACUGAAUUGAUGUUCUGCCUUGCUUGCUAAGGAGUUCCAUUCUUUCUUUGAGCAACUCUCUACAGAUCUCUGAGGACUGCAUUCACUAUGCUACGUUAACAUGCAAGGAUUGGUGCACGUCAACUCCACAUUAUUGUUAAAAGGACUGUGUAGUUAAAUAUAAAUAAAUUGGAUUUUUAUUUUUA